AUGGCAUUCAUAGAAGAUUGGCCAAUAGUUGUAGAUAAUGGAGCUGGACAUUUAAAAGCUGGUUAUGCUGGAGAUGGUGGACCAAGAAUUCUUAUACCAAUGUUAAUAGGUAGACCAACAAAAUGUUCAAAAUAUACAGAUUGGUUUGUUGGUGAACAUGCAAAUGUUCUUCGAAAUGAAUUGAUUCUUAAUUGUCCUAUUGCUAAUGGAAUUGUAACAGAUAUUGACGGGUUAUCAUUAGUUUGGUAUUAUAUGUUUAUGAAAGAACUACGUACAAAUCCGGAAAAUCAUCCAGUUCUUAUUAGUGAAUAUCCUUUAUUACCUAAAUUCAAUAGAGAAAAAUUAGCAGAAAUGGUUUUUGAAAAAUUUCAUAUGCCUGGUUUAUUUUUCACAGAUCAAUCUGCACUUGCUCUGUACGCAUAUGGUCUAACAUCUGGUUUAGUUGUUGAUAUCGGUACAGAAAUGUCUAAUAUUACACCGGUUAAUAAUACAAUUUUUAUACCAAAUGCUUUAAGACGUCAAAAUCUUGGUGGAUCUCAUAUUACUGAAUUAUUUCGAUAUAUGCUAGCAAAAGAACAUCCUGUUGCAGCUACUUCUAUCUCACGUGAUUUCGCACGACUUUUAAAAGAAAAAUUUUGUUUUAUUUCAAUGAAUCCAGAUGAUGAAAGAAAAUCAUUGAAUUCCACUUCAACUACAGAAAAUGUACAUCAAACACCAGAUGGUCAUAUUAUAAGUUUAACUAAAGAAAGAUUUAUGGCACCUGAAUUAUUAUUUUAUCCAAGACAAGCAGGUUUAAAUGGUAUAAUUGGACUACAAAAUAUCAUUCAUGAAUCUAUUCAAAAAUGUUCAGCUGAUUUACAUCCAACAUUAUAUUCCAAUAUUGUAUUAAGUGGAGGUAGUACAUUAUUUUCUGGAUUUUCACAACGUUUAGAAAAUGAAUUAAAACAAUUGAAUUCACCAGUUAAUCAAAGAAUAUUUGUACAUAAAAAACAAAAUGAUCAAAAAUAUGCUGUAUGGAUUGGUGGUUCUAUUCUAGCCUCAUUAAGUUCAUUUAAAGAAAUCUAUAUACAAAAAAAACAAUAUGAAGAAUUUGGUACAAGAAUUGUACAUACAAGAUAAAUCUCUAUAGUAACAAUAAAACUUAAUUAAUAUAAAUUUGAAUUAUUCACAAGGAUUUAAGGAAAUAUGCAUUUUAUUCACAUUGAACAUUUAAAUAAAACAAGUACAAAUUCCCCCCUCCCCUCCUCCCAUUCUACACAUUUCAUUAUAUUCAUGAUUAUCUGAAUGAUAAAUUAUUCGACUUCAAGUCAUAGGUAAUGGAAAUGGUCAUUUUUUUCUUUAUUUUAUGUAUCUAUGCUCUAUUGAUUCAUUUUACAGAUUAUGUAUAAAUUAUUUUUGAAUUAUUAAGAUAGUAACAAGCAAGAUGAAAUUGAUGUAUAUUUAUUUUUUUAUAAUAAAA